AAAGAUACAAGGGCCACCAAGAGGAAGUUAUUCUGUGAAGCCAGAAGAAAGACGAAAAGAUAAACAGAUGAUACUUUAAGAAAAGCUACGAAGAAACAAGUAGGAUGUAAAAUAUGUGGGCUGUUCCAAAGACAUGAUUCAGGCGCUUUGUCAAACUGGAAAGAACAUUGCUUCAACAAGUGUUCAGUGUCAGCAACAUUUUAAUGUGAUCAAGAUGGAGACGGUCUUUCUGCUUUUACAGUGUUGAAUGUAUGUGGCUCUGGAGGGUUCUCAGGAAAGCUAAAUUAAUUGUGAAGAAGAAUGGGCUGCUGUUCAUUGCUGUAACCUAGACUCUAUGGAAUAUACCAGGGCAUCUGUAACUGGAAAUGACAUGCCUGUGGCUAACAGGAAGAAAAGCUGGGAGGAACAUGUGACCCACAGGAAUGGAUUACAGUACAGUUUUGAUGAUCUGGAUAUAAUCUGCUGUCAUGGAAUUGUAUCUGAUGAUUUAAAGUCAAUUAUGGAAAAUAAUGAUUUGUCAAAAUCAGGACGAAGAGAAAGAUGUGCCUCCUUACCAGAAUGCUGUCAUGAGUCACUAGUUGUAGGGUUUCCAUUCAGGCAACUUGGCGGAAACACAAAGGAGUUAGAUGAAAAUGCAAACCAUGAAGGUAAUGAGCACUUUCUGUCUUUAGUAGCCAGUACAGAGACUAUGGUCCAGGUUCCAGAUGAUAAUUCAGAUCUCAGCUCAGAGGAAAAUAGUCAUGUAGAAACUGAACAACAUGUGUUAGCAGGGACUGGUCCCUUGGAUGUCAUAGAACCAGAGAGCAAAUCAAACACUGAAACCAAUGAUUUGGCAGAAGUUUCUGCAAAUUAUAGCAAACUUCACCAGAACUCUCUUUCUAAUGAAGAAAACAAAGAGACAGUGGAGUCAGGUGUGGAGGAAGGCCUGGAGCCUUGUGUUGCACACUUUGACCAAGUGAAUGAGGAAUCAGUCCAAUUGAAGCCCAAUGGUUUGAAUGUAGAAAGGACUGAAGAAUAUUCAGAGGAGUUGCUUCAGAAAGCCUCUAGUACACAGCACACUGAAACAUCUGAAGUUGUCAAGGAAAACCUCACUACAAAUGAUGUAAUUGAGCCUUCUGCUAUUAUGCUUGCUGGUUGUGAUGGACAACACAUAUCAGAUAUGGGCCCUGUAAACUGUCUCUUCAAGAGUCAUACAGAAUCAAUUGCAUGUUUUGAUGGAGUUUCAAUGGUUAAUGCCAAAGAGGAUGAACAGGAUUAUGAAACUGAUUCAAGCCACAUUACCAAUUUAACUGAAAGUCUAAAAACAAAUGAUUCCCAGGAUAGUCCAAAUCCUUGCAAGCCUGUGGAAUGUAGAGUAGAACUGCGCAAAGGAAAGGAAAUGCGAGAAGAUCGAGAUCGGUCGCGACUGGACUCCAUGGUACUACUGAUCAUGAAACUUGAACAGCUUGAUCAGGAUAUUGAAAAUGCACUUAGUGCCACUUCUUCAGCAUCAAAUACACCAACUCAGAAACGAAGACAUUUACAUGAGUUAGACUCACAAACAGAAAAUGGAGCAGCAACUCUAUCUGCCAGUCAAAACUCAAAAAGCUCACCUCAGCUUAUUUACUCAGCACUGACAUUUACAACUCCCGCGGCUGGCACUGGUGCAAUACCAAAAACUGGGACCACGCCUGGGAUAUCAAAAAAGGAGAAGGCUGAAAUUGAGGCCAAGGAGGCAUGUGAUUGGCUACGGGCAGCAGGGUUCCCACAGUAUGCGCAGCUCUAUGAAGAUUCCCUGUUUCCCAUUGAAAUUGCAUCUGUAACCAGAGACCAUGAUUUUCUGGAUCGAGAUGCCAUUGAGGCUUUAUGCAGGCGGUUGAACACCCUCAACAAAUGUGCUGUGAUGAAGCUAGAAAUCAGUCCACAAAGAAAAAGGAGUGAAGACUCUGAUGAAGAUGAGCCUUGUGCCAUCAGUGGCAAAUGGACCUUUCAGAGGGACAGCAAGAGGUGGUCCAGGCUGGAGGAGCUGGAUGUGUUUGCUUUGACUGACAACCCUGGCUCCUUCCCCCUGGAGGAGCCGCUGCUGAAAGUAGGGUUGAGCAGUGAAAGUGUCCUCACUGACCUGAGCGAGCAGCCAGAGGUGGGCUCUCUCCACAGUGUUGGCAGCAGCACGGGGAGCCAGGGAGCUGGACUGCAGAGCGCAGGCAUGGGCGCCAAUAGAACCAGAUCUGUGAUCAGCCUCUGCUCCUCAGGAAACUCUGUGGACAAUGAAGAUUCAUUCUCUGAAGACAUUCCUUCCCCCAAGGAGAAUUCAGGCUUUCAGUAUGAUACCAAGCCAGGAGGGAAGAGCACCAGGUCGAAGGCUAAGAGCUUUCUUAAGAGGAUGGAGAGUCUACGACUGAAGAGCUCGCCUACCAAGAAAAAAAAGGUGACAUCUAAGUUGGUGAUUAGCGGACCCGUGUUGCGGGAAGGGAUUGAUGAGGAAAAGCUCAGGAGCCUCAACUGUGUGGAGAUCUCCAGGCUCAACGGCCACCACAGCAGCCUCCCACGCAACAGGAGCAUUUCCUAUUCCACACAGAUGAGCAGCAGCAGCAGCAGCCAAUCGGAGGCUGGCAGCAGCACAGUGAGCACUCCCAGUCCUGUGACCAGAGCCCGCAGCCACAGCACUGCUUAUAACAACAAUAAACGAGGUGGCAUGUACCUGGAGGGAUUUGACCCCUUCAGUCAGAAGCAGCUGCAACAUCAUGAGCAGUUGCUGCCCGCCAGCUGUGACGUGGCUGAACAGAACCUCCGCAACCAGGCGGCAGUCAAGGAAGACGUGAUCUUCUUUAUCCCAGAGGACCACAAGCCAGGCACCUUCCCCAAAGCACUUUGCAACAGCAGUCCUCAUAGUAGACUGAGACGGGAGAGCAGUGACGACAGCUCCAAAGGCUCUAUCUGCGGUGGCCAGAAUCGUCGGAACUCUGCCACCUCCCUGGAUAACCGGCUCAGCAUAUACGACAACGUGCCCUGCUCGCUGCUCUUGGAUGGGGAGGAUGCCCCCUACCCCAAGCUGGAUGACAUUCUGCAUCAUGUAAGGGGCCUUCAGAGGUUUGUGAACGAGUGGUCGGAGCAGGCCUGCGAGGAGGGGGAUUCGGACUCUGCCCUUGACUCCGUCUCACCCUGCCCGUCGUCCCCGCUACAAAACCACCUGGAGGAGGUGGAGAACGGCAGUGAGGUGGAGAACGGCAGUGACUUGGACAGCACAGGCAACUCCCUCAACGAACAAGAGGCUCUGUCCAGCCGCCAGCGCAGGGACUCUGGUGUAGGCGCCUCCCUGACAAGAUCAAGCAGACCUCAGAAGUUGAGAUGGCACAGUUUCCAGAGCUCACACAGGCCAAGUCUGUCCUCAUUGCUGCUACAAAUUAACUGCCAGUCUGUAAUGCAGAUGAAUCUCCUUCAGAAAUACUCCCUGUUGAAGCUCACAGCCCUACUGGAGAAAUAUACGCCCACGAAUAAACAUGGUUUCAGCUGGGCUGUACCAAAGUUUAUGAAGCGGAUAAAGGCCCCAGAUUACAAGGACAGGAAUGUUUUCGGAGUCCCACUUCAAGUAAAUGUGCAGCGAACAGGCCAACCUCUUCCCCAGUGCAUCCAGCAAGCAAUGCGCUAUCUCCGCAGCCAGUGCCUGGACCAGGUUGGGCUCUUCAGAAAAUCUGGAGUUAAGUCUAGGAUUCAGGCAUUGAGACAGAUGAAUGAAAGCUGUACUAACAGUAUUAGCUACGAGGGACAGUCUGCAUUUGAUGUAGCUGAUAUGGUAAAACAGUACUUCCGGGAUUUGCCAGAGCCACUGUUGACCAGCAAGCUUUCAGAAACGUUCCUUCAAAUAUAUCAGUAUGUGCCCAAGGACCAGCGCCUCCAAGCCAUCAAGGCAGCCUUCAUGCUCUUGCCGGAUGAGAACAGAGAGGUGUUACAGACUCUGCUCUAUUUUCUCAGUGACGUGACUGCCGCUGUGAAAGAGAACCAAAUGACAAACAACAACCUAGCGGUGUGCCUGGCACCCUCCCUAUUCCACCUCAAUAGCCUCAAGAGGGAGACCUCCUCUCCAAGGGUGAGGCAAAGAAAACACAGCCUUGGCAAACCAGACCAAAAGGACCUGAAUGAAAACCUUGCUGCCACCCAUGGCCUGGCCCACAUGAUUGCUGAGUGCAAAAAACUGUUUCAGAUUCCUGAGGAAAUGAGCAGCUGCAGAAACUCGUACAUGGAGCAAGGUCUGCAGCCCCCGAAGCUUGAAGAGCUGGUGGGUAAUAAUAACAAAGAGCAAUCUUCCGGAUACAAGGCCUAUCUGCAGGAGUGUAUUGAUGGCCUUCUAAAGGAAGCUAAGGAAAAGUUUAAAGGCUGGGACAGCUGUUCAACUUCAGAGCAGGCAGAACUGUCCUAUAAAAAGGUGUGUGACGGCUCUCCUCUCAGACUGUGGAAAGCCACUGUUGAAGUGCCAGCUGCUCCAGAAGAAGUGUUGAAUCGAGUGCUUCGAGAACAGUAUCGGUGGGAUGACGAUCUUUUGGAUUCAAAAGUAAUUGAGAGUUUGGAUAACCAGACUGAAAUCUACCAGUACAUCCUGACCAGCAUGGCUCCGCAUCCCACCCGGGAUCAUGUAGUGCUGAGGACCUGGACAACAGAUUUGCCAAAGAGAGCAUGUGCACUAGUUGCUACCUCUGUGGACCAUGAUGCUGCUCCAGUGAUGGGGGUCAGAGUCAAUGUGUUAACAUGCCGAUACCUAAUAGAGCCCUGCGGCUCAGCAAAAUCCAAACUGUCCUACAUAUCCCGGAUAGACUGCAGGGGUCGUAUUCCAGAGUGGUACAGUAAGAUGUUUGGACAGUUGUGUGCAGCAGAAGUGGUUAGAAUACGGGACUCCUUUAACAAUCGUUCACUUGAAAAAUAAUUCUACAACCACAAGACUGUUUUUGUUUAUUAUAGCGAUUUGAAUUUUACACAACAUUUCUGCCAAUGCCAUCUUGAAUACACCCAAUAUUGUCUAAACUUAAAAUAGCCCUCUGCUGAUGAUGAGAAGCUUUGGUUGACUUGCCCUGCAAUUUUAAUUUAUUUAUAUAUAUAUUGUACACUAAAUUCUGACAGGAAGAAACUGAACUGUGGCAAUAUCUUUUUUUUUUUUUUAAAUAUUUUGUUUUUUUUAUGCUGCUUUGUUUGAGAAACAGGACGGUGCAGGUCCUGACUGGAAUAGACCUGAAUCUUGGCUGUUUAGGGUGCUCUGAAAUCACUUAAUUUGACAAAGGGCUACUAUUGCUUCUGGGAAGCACAAAUAUGUUGUGGACAAAUCAAUUUUAUUGUAUUUACCAUUUUAUUUUGAAUACACUCUCAUGUGAAAAUAUUUUUUUUAAUGUAAUCAGUGUUGUAGCGACUGUCAUGGAGUGUGGUGUAUAAUGCCCUUUGUGUACUUAGAAGUUCAUAGAAUGUUCUUGGUAGGAGAAUAGAUGAAUGGAUCAAAUUGCAUGUAUUGUUUUUCAGAGUGAUGUAUCGGUGUGUGGUAAAGUGUGGUGGCUGGUACACCAGUAGGUGAAAUUGAUGGCUCAGAGUUGCAGUACAGUUGGACCUGUGAUUGUUGACUACCAGACGGACCAAAUAACAACCAACAACCAUCUUUUGAGCGUGUGCAUGUAUUUUCAAAGAUUUUAGUAGGUUUACGUUGACAACAAUAAACAUAACUCUUCUGUCUUUCUGUACUGACCUGUCUGAGGUCAAAUGAAAAUAGUAGGUUAUAGAUCACAUUACUGGUGUCAACUUUUAUACUAGUCCUGUGUUUUGAACAAAUAUUUUGUUGCUGCUGUUUUUUAGGAGCUUGGCUAGCAGUAGGUGCAUUUCAAGGACAGCGCAUUUUAUAUAUAUAUAUAUAUAUAU